CACAUGCUCCUGUGCUCCGCUCUGUGCCCCUGCCUGUUCCAUCCGUCGCCUGCGUGCGUGCCCCAUAGAGGAGAUUUGGUCUUUACCAGAGCUUAGAGGAGGCGUCGCCUAGAGGCAGGAUAAGAAUAAGAAUAAGAUGGCCAUUGGCGGAGCGGCGCCGCACGACUCGCCGGGCGGGCUACCGGACUUCGAGCAGCCUCUCCUCCACGCGCACGGUGGCUUGCAGGCCGGCAAGGACCCCGCGGCGGCGCACGACCACGAGGCGCAGUGCUCGCCGGAGGCCGGCGACGCGACGUCCCUGCGCACAUGCUUCAAUGGCCUCAACGCUCUCUCCGGCGUGGGGCUGCUGUCCAUCCCGUACGCGCUGGCGGAGGGCGGGUGGCUCAGCCUGGUGCUGCUCCUCCUCGUCGCCAUGGUCUGCUGCUACACCGGCCAGCUCCUGCAGACGUGCAUGGGCGCGUCGCCGGACGUGCGCGGCUACCCGGACAUCGGCGCGCUCGCCUUCGGGGCCAAGGGCCGCUUCGCCGUCUCGGCCUUCAUGUACGCCGAGCUCUACCUCGUCGCCAUCGGCUUCCUCAUACUGGAGGGGGACAACCUCGACAAGCUGUUCCCGGGCACCAGCCUCAGCCUCGGCGGCGUGCUCGUGCUCUCCGGCAAGCACCUCUUCAUCGUGCUCGUGUCCAUCUUCAUCCUGCCCACCACGUGGCUGAGGAACCUGGGCGUGCUCGCCUACGUGUCGGCCAGCGGCGUGCUCGCGUCCGUCGUGCUGGUCUUCUGCGUGCUCUGGGCCGCGGUGGUCGACGGCGUCGGGUUUCAGGGGAAAGGGACCAUGCUCAAAGUCAGCGGCCUACCCACUGCGCUCGGACUCUACACUUUUUGCUACUGCGGCCAUGCCAUAUUCCCGACACUCUGCAAUUCCAUGAAGGAAAAGGACAAGUUCUCUAAGGUACUAGUCAUAUGCUUCGUCGCAUGCACCCUCAACUACGGAUCCAUGGCCAUACUGGGCUACCUCAUGUACGGCGACGACGUCGAGUCUCAGGUGACCCUGAACCUCCCGGAGGGCAAGCUCAGCUCCAAGCUAGCAAUCUACACGGCGCUGAUCAACCCGUUCUCAAAGUACGCUCUGAUGGUGACCCCCGUCGCGACAGCGAUCGAGGAGAAGCUGCUUGCCGGCAACGAGAAGUCCUUCAACAUGCUGAUCAGGACCUUCAUCGUCAUCAGCACGGUCAUCGUGGCCCUCACCGUCCCCUUCUUCGGCCACCUCAUGGCGCUCGUCGGCUCGCUGCUCAGCGUCAUGGCCUCCAUGCUGCUCCCGUGCAUCUGCUACCUGAAAAUCUUCGGCACGGCGAGGUGUAGCAGGGCUGAGGUCGCGCUGAUCGUCAUGAUCAUCGUUCUCGGCUCCUUGGUUGCCGCAAGUGGGACUUACUCUUCUCUGCAGAAGAUCAUUCACGAGUUCUGAAGCCAAGUGCUCCACGAGUUCAGACGAUGGUAACGCCCCUCUGUCCGUCUGCUUGGUGUUCUGUGGCAAAUGCAAAAUUUCCAACAGCGCGUCUGCACUGACCAGCAGCUACGCAGUGUUGUCCUGUCAUGGCAGGUUGUAGAUGAGGCAGGGAUAGUACAGAACAGAUAGUUCUACCCUCAAAUGUACUAUGUAUGUUUGAGAUGAGUAUUUCUGUUUCUAGUAAAGCAGGUAACUGAAUGCUGUUGUAGGAUGGCACUGGAUCGGCGUUCCACUGUAAAAAUUCAGAUGCACUGGAUCAUUUUAUUGUAGUUGUGCGGAUUUCAUUUC